AUGGAGUUUAUUAUGCACGGAGUAUCAAUAGCGAAAAGAUGGGGACAGUCGCGCUGGCGAGCGGGCGGCGCCGGAUGGCAGGGCAGCCGCCGGGCCGAGGCCUCCCCCAAGGCGGGGCCCCGGUCCCAGAAGCAGCUGGAGCUGAAGGUGGCGGAGCUGGUGCAGUUCCUGCUGAUCAAAGACCAGAAGAAGAUCCCGAUCAAGCGUGCGGACAUCCUGAAGCACGUCGUGGGGGACUACAAGGACAUCUUCCCCGACCUUCUCAAGCUGGCCGCCCAGCGCCUUGAGUACGUCUUCGGGUACCGGCUGGUGGAGCUGGAGCCCAAGAGCAACACCUACAUUCUCAUCAACACGCUAGAGCCGGUGGAGGAGGACGCGGAGGUGCGGGGCGACCAGGGCACGCCCACCACCGGCCUCCUGAUGAUCGUGUUGGGGCUCAUCUUCAUGAAGGGCAACUCCAUCAAGGAGACGGAGGUCUGGGACUUCCUGCGGCGCCUAGGGGUGCACCCCACCAAGAAGCACUUGAUCUUUGGGGACCCGAAGAAGCUCAUUACCGAGGACUUCGUGCGGCAGCGUUAUUUGGAGUACCGGCGGAUACCGCACACCGACCCUGUGGACUAUGAGUUCCAGUGGGGCCCGCGAACUAACCUGGAAACCAGCAAGAUGAAGGUUCUUAAGUUUGUAGCCAAAGUCCAUAAUCAAGACCCCAAGGACUGGCCGGCGCAGUACUGUGAGGCUUUGGCGGAGGAGGAGGCCAGGGCCAGACCUCAGACAGGUGGCCCGGCCCCUUCCUCUUGAAAAUUCGAGAGAUACUCAGAGGAACUCCUUGGGGAAGGGUCCGGGGCGCCGGGCUGAAGGAGAGGGGGUGGGAGGGACCUAUUUCUGUAACACUUAAAUGUAUAUAGUUUUGGGAUGUGCUUUCAAGGUUUUGUUCUCCUAGUAUUGUAAGUUAUUUCGUUAGAAGUUUUUGUUUAUAAAAAUACUAGGAGAUGAUUUGUUUCGUUCUUACUUGUUUUGCUGUCUGUAUUUUUCGUGUAAACGUUUUCCUAGCUUUAUAAAACUAAUUGGAAGACUUUGUACCAUGAUCUAGAAAUAGAUAUUUAAGAAAGAACAUAUCAAUAAGUGGCUUUGAUGCCAAGGAAAUAAAAGGGAAGUGGCUCUUACCUGGCCUCUUGACUACCCUACUUUGUAAGGAAAAAUGAAAAGUCUUCAUAAGUUGAAAACUAAAAUAUAGUUGCCUAUAUUGUGUUUUACCUUAAUACAGCUAUUUUAUGUUUAUGUAUUUUCCAUGUAUGUAAGCAUUAUGCAUUAUUCUAAGCGAAGUACGUACUGUAUUUUUCCCAAGUAACUUUUUGCGUUGAUAAUUAUUACUAGGUUGUGUGGCUGACCAUUUAGUACCACUUUUUCUUUUUGCUACGACAGUUAUAAUAAAUACCAUAUUUUGAAACAGUUAA